AUGUCUUCAGACUUAACUGAAGAGGAAAGAAAAUAUGUGAAACAGCAAAUCAAAAAAGAUUUAGAUGCAAUGUUGAAAGCGAAUAAUUUGAUUGGAGGAAAUGUCAAAAGUAAAACUCUUGCAAAAGAAGGUAAACGAAAACCAUCUAAUUCGAGAUCUAAUAAACCAGGAUUGAUUCCGAUAUGGGGAAAACGUACAUCUAGUCAUUCAUGGGCGGUUGAGCCAGAUACCGCAGAAGGAAAUCAAAAGCAAGACAGAAGAAAUUCUGUCCACCGUAGUCGUAGUGACAUCUCGGUUGGAAUGAAUAACUUCAACGGAAAGGGAAGAUAUUUCGAUCAAAGUCCUAAUGAAUUUCAAUUAAAACACCAAUUAAUUUUGUCCAGUCCCAUCGACACACUACGCUCAGAACAGUCCUCUGAUAUCCCUAUUGAAUACAAAGCAUCAUAUCAAAAUCGUUAUCAUAGCACAGAUGCAUCGGACGCGCGUAAUCCACAAAAGAAUAAAGUGACUGUUUAUGAACGUCUCCCUGAAAACAGUGUAUGGUCCAACUCGGCAUCACAAAGUACAUCAUACCAACCUACAAAUCAUCUUCGCACGGACACCGUAAAGCAGUAUGAUCGUCCGGUAUCCACUACGUUACAGCGAAAUCCGAAUGAGUCUUCAACAAGUCAAUUUCGAGAUAUACAACCGUCGCAAGAGACAACAAGAUUACAAGGCAAUCGAGGGAGUCAAAUUCUAGGAGUUCAAAAUCAACAGAACUAUGAACAUGUAAAACUGCCUCUUGUGGAAACACGACCUACUAGAAUAGCUGGGUCUUCUGUGCAGGGCGCGGGCGAGCGUUUAAGAUUACUUGUUAGAAAUAUACUAGGUAGGAAGCAAGAAAUAACCUCUCCAAUUUCUCGCGAAUUCCUUCACCCUCCUCCACCACAAAGAGCAUUGGCAAUGUCGAACUUUCUUAGAGAGAGACCGCAAUACAUUGUUGAGCGAUUGUCACGCUCUCCAACAAAUACGCAGAAUGUCAUCCCGAGAAAGGCCAGCAGAGGACACAGGGAAAUCGUUCGUAGAGCCCCAAGUCAUUCUCUCUACUUAAAACGAAGAGAACCCCAGCACACCCACCAGAAGCAGGAGUACGGUAGAGGUUUGCCUAAUCUUGACUCAACCUCAGUACCCACAUCUGGAGUGCAUCAACAAAUCAAAACGCACCAGCACAAUAUACCUGGAGUUCAAUACCUUUCUAAAGCACAGCCUAACGUGCAAGAAAACAGUCAGAAUACAAUUUACUCAUCACCGCAAAUUAUUCAAUACGGGACAAAUAUUGGUUCAACGCGCGAUAAACAUGCAAACAACCAACAAUAUGAUAUGUUACCGACCUCCUAUUCAGCCUCGUUGGGUCAGGAAAUAUCACCAAUAUAUAGUAAUAAUCCGGCAUCAAAUUCUCUAUUAAUUCCAAGUGUUCAACAAAAUUCACCAGGAAAUAGUAUCCGUUAUACACAUCCUAGUAACACCAUCAGUCAACAAGUGGCAUCGGUAGGGGUUAAGUUUCCAGAACCACAAUCAUCACAAAAUUUGCUUAUCUCGGGGGUCGCAGAAAAUUCGUUACAUUUCGAACACACAAAAGGCAGUCAACAGCAGUUACAGACUUCCAAUAAUAAUCGACAACAGACACAUCAACAGUCAGGACAACAACGACUGCAGCAUAUCAGCGAACAGCAUCAGUCGCAGCCUGAAAAGACAAUUCAUCAAACGCAGACUCAAUCUUCACCUAUACGUCGUCAACAACCUUCACAAGUUCAGCAACUUCAAAUGACGCCUUUAAUUGAUAAUCAGCAAACAAUACAUAAGCCACAGACAGUUCAGCAACAGCACACGCCACAAUUCAUUACAAAUCAACCACGGGCGUCGUCUCAACAGAUCAUAUAUCUACCGACAGAACAACAGACACCGUCUUCACAGACCAAUCAGCGGUUAUGGAUACACCAUUCACAGAUAGGUCGUCAAAACCCUUCACAGAAAGCUCAGCAACAACAAAACUCGCCUUCCACUGUUCAUCAGCAAAAACAGAAUUCGCCUACAAUUAUCAAUCAACAUCAGUUGCAGAACGGUCAUCCACAAACACAAGCUUCGCAGAAAGUCAAACAAACAGGUCAAGCACUGACACAGCCUCCUCAGCAGGUGCAGUAUACUCAAAAUGGUAACCAGCAGUUGCUGCCCCAACAUACCGCACAACAAAAGCAGCAGUCAGUUCACCACAAAAUGGAACCAUCCCGAACAAACUAUCAAUAUCCGUUGCAGCCACCACAAACAAUGCAUCAAGAGCACCAACUACCUUCACAGAUAGAUCGACAACAAUCAUCGCAGACAGUUCAGAAACAACAGAUGUCACAUUCAAUUACAAACCUACAAAUACCUUCCUCCAUUCAGACGCAACAAAUGUCGCCGUCUCAGCUGACAGGACAACAGAUGCGACCGCCAAGUACAAGCCAACAAUAUCAGUUAACGCACCAGCAGACAAUUAAGCAAAAACUGACACAACCUUUACCGAGAGGUCAUCAACAGCCUCCGCCUUACUAUCAAUAUAUAAUGCAGCCUACGCAAACAGGUCUGCAGCAGAUUCCGUCAACUGAAACUGGUUACCAACAUAUUUUGCCUGAACACACAGGACAACAUAUACAAACUCCAAGUACAGGCCAGCAAUAUAUUUUACCGCUUCCACAGACAAUGCAGCAUCAACAGACAAAACUUUCACCGACCGUUCAGUAUCAACAAAUGCAUCCCCCACACACAGGUCUGCAGCAAAUGUCGUCUACUCAAAAUGGUUACCAACAGACAGGCGAGCACGUACAACAUCCAAGUAUAGGCCAGCAAUAUCAGUCGCAGCCUCCGCAAACAGGUCGACGUCAAACACAACCUUCGCGGACAGUUCAGCAAACAAGUCAAACUCUGAUACAGACUUCGCAGACGACUGGUUUGCAACAGAUGGCGUCUACAAAAACUGGCAACCAACAGAUGCCUCCCAACCAGAGUGGACAACAUAUACAAACUCAAAGUACGGGCCAACAAUAUAGGUUACCGCUUCAACAGACAAUUCAGCAUCAACAGACACAACAUUUGCAGAAAGGUCAUCAACAAUCUUCACCGACCAUUCAGCAUCAACAAAUGCAGCCUCGACAGACAGGUAUUCAACAAAUGUCGUCUACUCAAGCUAGUUACCAACAGACAGGACAACAGGUACAACUUCCAAGUAAACAAUAUCAGUCCCAACUUAAACAGACGAUUCCGCAACAACAGGCACCAACUAAGAAACACUCUCCAAAUACAGGCAAACAAUAUCAGUCACUACCUUUAGAGACAAUUCAGCAACAACAGACAAAACCUUCCCAUUUGAGUCGUCAACAACCUCCACAGAGCGUUCAGCAUCAACAAAUGCACCCCCCACAGAAAGGUCUGCAACAGAUGUCGUCAGCUCAAACUGUUUACCAGCAGACAGAACAGAAGGUACAGUCUCCGGGUAAAGGACAACAAUAUCAGUCACAGCAUCCACAAUCAGGUCAUCAACACCCUUCACCGACCGUUCAGCAUCAACGAAUGCCGUCUACUCAAGCUAUUAACCAACAGAAAGGACAGCAGGUACAGCCUCCAAAUACAUCCCAACAAUAUCGGUCACCACCUAUACAGACAAUUCAGCAACAACAGACACAACCUUCCCAGACAAUUCGUCAACAACCCUUCACAGACCGUUCAGUAUCAACAGAUGCCACCUUUGCAAACAGGUCUGCAACAAAUGUCGUCUACUCAAACUGGUAA